UGGAGCAGUUCCGAAGGACCAUCCCCUGCAGGUUGAUCUAGACAACAUGGCUACAGCUAUUAGAGAGGUGGGAGUGUGGAGACAAACUCGAACUCUUCUACUCAAGAAUUAUCUAAUUAAAUGUAGGACUAAAAAAAGUAGUGUUCAGGAAAUUAUUUUUCCACUAUUUUUUUUAUUUUGGUUAAUAUUAAUAAGCAUGAUGCAUCCAAAUAAGAAGUAUGCAGAAGUACCCGAUACAGAACUUGACCCCUUGGAUAAAUCUGUCCUGUCUGAAUUCAUUAUUGCAUAUGCUCCAGUGACUAACGUUACAAGAAACAUCAUGAAUAUAGUGUCUUCUCAUUAUCUUCCUGAUGUCUUAAUUACUGAAAAGUAUGCAAAUGAGAAAGAAUUGCAAGAAUCCAGUCUUUCUAAGCCUACCAAUUUUGUGGGUGUGGUUUUCAAAGACUUCAUGUCCUAUGAACUGCGUUUUUUUCCUGAUAUGAUCCCAAUAUCUUCUAUCUAUAUGAAUUCCAGAGCUGGUUGUUCAAAGUCAUGUGACGCUGCUCUGUACUGGCACUCAGGGUUCAUAGCUUUACAGACCUCCAUUGAUGCUGCCAUUAUACAGUUGAAGACCAAUUAUUCAGCCUGGGAAGAGUUGGAGUCUACUAAAGCAGUUGUCAUGGGAGAAACUGCUGUUAUAGAAAUAGAUAGCUUUCCUCGAGGAGUAAUUUUAAUUUACCUAGUUAUAGCUUUUUCACCCUUUGGAUAUUUUUUGGCAAUUCACAUUGUGGCAGAAAAAGAGAAAAAGCUGAAAGAAUUUUUAAAGAUAAUGGGGCUUCAUGAUACUGCUUUUUGGCUUUCUUGGGUUCUAUUGUAUACAAGUUUGAUUUUUAUUAUGUCCCUUCUCAUGGCAGUCAUUGCAACAGCCUCUUCAUUAUUUCCUCAAAGUAGCUGUUUUGUGAUAUUUCUUCUUUUUUUCCUGUAUGGAUUAUCUUCAGUUUUCUUUGCCUUGAUGCUUACACCCCUUUUUAAAAAAUCAAAACAUGUGGGAAUAGUUGAAUUUUUAGCUACGGUGGCAUUUGGAUUUGUGGGCCUUUUGAUUAUUCUGCUGGAGGAUUUCCCUAAGUCUUUAGUGUGGCUCUUGAGCCCCUUCUGUCAGUGUACAUUUUUAAUUGGUAUUGCACAGGUCAUGUAUCUGGAAGAUUUAGAUGAAGGUGCUUUGUUUUCCAACUUGAUAGAAGGUCCAUAUCCUCUUAUCAUCGCCAUUAUCAUGUUGGCACUCAACAGUGUUUUUUACAUCCUCUUGGCUGUUUAUCUUGAUCAAGUCAUUCCAGGUGAAUUUGGACUACGAAGACCAUCUUUAUAUUUUAUGAAGCCCUCAUAUUGGUCAAAGAGCAAAAGAUACAAAGAGCUGUCUGAGGGCAAUGUUAAUGGAAAUCCUGGUUUUAAUGAGAUUAUUGAACCUGUUUCUUCAGAAUUUGUAGGAAAAGAAGCCAUCAGAAUCAGUGGCAUUCAGAAAACAUUCAGAAAGAAAAAUGAAACUGUGGAGGCACUAAGAAAUUUAUCUUUUGACAUAUAUGAGGGUCAGAUUACAGCAUUACUUGGCCAUAGUGGAACAGGAAAAAGCACAUUAAUGAACAUUCUUUGUGGACUCUGCCCACCAUCAGAUGGACUCGCAUCUAUUUAUGGACAUAGAGUCUCAGAAAUUGAUGAAAUGUUUGAAGCAAGAAAAAUGAUUGGAAUUUGCCCACAGUUAGAUAUAAAUUUUGAUGUGCUGACAGUCGAAGAGAAUUUGUCAAUUUUGGCCUCUAUCAAAGGGAUUCCAGCCAACAGUGUAAUACAAGAGGUGCAGAAAGUUUUACUAGAUUUGGAUAUGCAAGCCAUCAAAGAUAACCAAGCAAAAAAAUUAAGUGGAGGUCAGAAACGAAAGUUAUCAUUGGGUAUUGCUGUUCUUGGAGAUCCCAAGGUAUUACUACUAGAUGAACCAACUGCUGGAAUGGAUCCUUGCUCACGUCAUAUUGUUUGGAAUCUCUUGAAAUACAGAAAAAGUAAUCGAGUAAUAGUACUUAGUACUCAUUUUAUGGAUGAAGCUGAUAUUCUUGCUGAUAGGAAAGCUGUGAUAUCACAAGGAAUGCUGAAAUGUGUUGGUUCUUCUUUGUUUCUCAAAAGCAAAUGGGGAAUUGGCUACCGACUGAGCAUGUACAUAGACAAGCAUUGCAUCACAGAAUCUCUUUCAUCACUGGUUAAACAGCAUGUGCCUGGAGCUAACUUAUUACAGCAGAAUGACCAGCAACUUGUCUUUAGCUUGCCUUUUAAAGACAUGGACAAAUUUUCAGGCUUGUUUUCUGACCUAGAGACCCAUUCUAAUUUGGGAGUUAUUUCUUACGGAGUUUCCAUGACAACAUUGGAAGAUGUGUUCCUAAAGCUGGAAGUUGAAGCAGAAAUUGAUCAAGCUGAUUAUAGUAUAUUUAGCCAGCAGCAAUCAGAGGAAGAAAUAGAUUCAAAAUCUUUUGAUGAAAUGGAGCAGAGUCUACUAAUACUCUCUGAAACCGAAACUUCCACAUUGAGCACCAUGGCCCUUUGGAAGCAGCAAGUGUGUAUGAUAACAAAGCUUCAUUUUCUUACUUUGAAACGUGAAGGUAGAUCACUGAGAUCUGUGUUGUUCCUGCUUUUACUAUUUCUUGCUGUUCAGGUUUUCAUGUUUUUGGUUCAUCAUUAUUUUAAGAAUACUGUUGCUCCCAUCAAACUUACUCCAGACUUAUAUUUUUUGAAACCUGGAGAGAAAACUCACAAAUACAAAACAAGCCUUCUUCUUCAAAACUCAACUGACACUGAUAUUGAUGACCUCCUAAGUUUCUUCACGAGUCAGAACAUCUUGGUGGAUUUGUUAAAUGUCAGUGACUAUGUAUCUGCUGCUCCUCACAGUGCAGCUUUAAAUGUAAUGCAUUCGGGGAAGGACUACAUGUUUGUAACUGUUUUCAAUAGUACUAUGAUUUAUUCUCUACCAGUAUUGAUGAAUGUUAUUAGCAACUCAAUUCUUUAUCAUUUAAAUGAGACAGAAAAUAUCCAGAUCUGGAACACACCAUUUUUUCAAGAAAUUACUGACAUAGUCUUUAGGAUUGAGCUGUAUUUUCAAGCAGCUUUGCUUGGAAUCAUUGUGACUGCAAUGCCACCCCACUUUGCCAUGGAAAAUGCAGAAAAUCAUAAGAUCAAAUCUUAUACCCAGCUGAAGAUCUCAGGUCUUUUUCCAUCUGCCUAUUGGACUGGACAAGCUCUAAUUGACUUUCCCUUAUUUUUUGUUGUUCUUGUUUUGAUGCUAGGAAGCUUAUUUGCAUUUCACUAUGGAGUUUAUUUUUAUGCUCUGAAGUUCCUUUCUGUGGUUUUUUGCCUUAUUGGUUAUGUACCAUCUGUUAUUCUUUUUACCUAUGUUGCAUCUUUCACCGUCAGAAAAGUUUUAAAUACUAAAGAGUUCUGGGCAUUUAUCUACUCAGUGAUGGCCUUGGUUUCCAUUGCAGUCACUGAAAUAACUUUCUUUAUGAGAUACUACACAGUGACAGCUGUCCUUCAUUAUACCCUCUGCAUAAUCAAUCCAAUCUACCCACUCUUAGGGUGCCUGAUCAGUUUUAUAAAGAUUUCAUGGAAGAAUGUACAAAAAAAUGAAAGCAGUUAUAAUCCAUGGGACAGGCUUUUAAUAGCUGUUUUAUCGCCUUAUUUACAGUGUGUGCUGUGGAUUUUCUUAUUGCAAUAUUUUGAGAAGAAAUAUGGAGGCAGAUCAGUAAGAAAAGAUCCAUUUUUCAGAACCUUUACAGCUAAACUCAAAAAUAGGAAGUUUCUGGAAGUGCCAAACAAUGAAGAUGAAGAUGAUGACGUUAAAGCCGAAAGACUAAAAGUUAAAGAGAUGAUAACUUGCCAAUGCUGUGAAGAGAAACCAGCUAUUUUGGUUAGCAAUUUGCAUAAAGAAUAUGAUGAGAAGAAAGAUUUUCUCCUUACAAGAAAAAGAAAGAAAGUGGCAACUAAAUAUGUCUCUCUGUGUGUGAAGAAAGGGGAGAUAUUAGGAUUGUUGGGACCAAAUGGUGCGGGGAAAAGCACUCUUAUUAAUAUGCUGGUUGGGGAUAUUGAACCAACUUCGGGUCAGGUACUUCUGGGAGAUUACUCCUCAGAACUGGCUACUAAAGAUGAUGAUUCCAUUAAGUACAUAGGAUAUUGUCCUCAAACAAAUCCACUUUGGCCAGAUAUUACAUUGCAAGAGCACUUUGAAAUAUAUGGGGCUGUGAAGGGAAUGAAUAGAAGUGAUGUGAAAGAAGUCAUAAAAAGAAUCACAAGUGUACUCGAUUUAAAAGAACAUCUCCAGAAAACUACAAAGAAAUUGCCUGCUGGAAUAAAGCGAAAGUUGUGUUUUGCACUAAGCAUGCUUGGAACUCCCCAGGUUACUUUGUUAGAUGAGCCAUCUACUGGUAUGGAUCCUAAAGCCAAGCAGCAUAUGUGGAGAGCAAUUCGAGCUGCAUUUAAAAAUAAAAGGCGAGCAGCCAUCUUGACUACACAUUAUAUGGAAGAGGCAGAGGCAGUCUGUGAUCGAGUGGCUAUUUUGGUAUCUGGACAGUUAAGGUGUAUUGGUACUGUACAACACCUAAAGAGUAAAUUUGGCAGAGGCUACUUUUUGGAAAUGAAAUUAAAGGACUGGAUGGAAAAUCUGGAAGUGGAACAGCUUCAAAGACAAAUUCACCAUAUUUUUCCAAAUGCAGUUCGUCAGGAAAGUUUUUCUUCUAUUUUGGCUUUUAAAAUUCCUAAAGAAGAUGUACAGUCUCUUGCACAGUCUUUCUCUAAGCUGGAAGAAGCUAAACAUACUUUUAGUAUUGAGGAAUACAACUUUUCUCAAGCAACACUGGAACAGGUUUUUGUAGAACUCACAAAAGAACAGGAGGAAGAAGAUAACAGUUGUGGAACUUUAAACAGCACUCUUUGGUGGGAAAGAACGCAGGAAGACAGAGUUGUAUUUUGAAUUCUCACCUUUCAAAUCCUCUAAGAGGAUUUUUUUUCCUUCCACUUCAUAUUAUUUUUAUAUUGUUUUAAGAUCAAUCUUUGUAACAUGUCCUGUGAACCAUGAAAACGUUUGGGUCAUAGGAAAUGGUCGUAUCACUGCAUUUCCAGAGUCCUUUAAUUGGAAUACUGUGUUGCUGUAUUUUGGUUUUCUUUUGUGUAACUAAUUGUAUUUUAGUGUUACUAUCUAAAGGAUGUUUAAUUCUGACCCGUUUUUUGAGAGAAGUAUUUACUGCUGUCAUUUUCCUCAGCUUUUACAAGCAGUGUUUCUCUAUUUACAUAUUCACUAAUAGUGAAAGAGAUCAUUUUAGUUUGGACACUACAUUGAAUUUUUACAUUUACUUUUUGGGGAAAAAUCCACCUCCACCUUGACUAGAGUAUAAGCUUAUUAUAUUGCAGGCCCACUAGGUAAAUUUAAGUAACCAUGUAACUGACACGUAGGAGGGAGACUCAAAGGAUACUACAGACAUUUCUUUCUCUCAGUUUUCAGAGUUAAGCCCUCACAAAAAACUGCCGAUUGCAGGUCUUUAAAUAAACAGUAGUAGAAAAGAUCUCUGAAAUAGAAGUUUGUAAUCAAAAAAUGUCCACUAGGUGGCAACCAGAAUGAAUGGUUUUAGUUCAGAUUUUAUUAGGUUCUUUAGAAGAAUAUUCAUUAUAUUUUCAAGCUAAUUUAAUUGAUUUCUGUUUUAGUAUAUUUUACAUGUGGGGGUAAUGAUAUUUCUUCGUCAUUAUUCAUUGUAUUUAUUAUUGAUUUGGCUGAUACCCUGUUUUUCUGAUGGCAUAGAUGUCUGGGAUACUACUACUAGGCUGGGAUAAUUCAGUUUUCCCUUAAUAGAUGGAGUAUUUUCUCCCCUACUUAGUAUAGAAAGGUAUUAUAUUUGCUUCUUGAGAGCCUGGAAGGAGAAAGAUUAGGCUUAUUAAUAUUUAUUAGUAUUUCGACUUCAGACAAUCCUUAUUUGAGUUUUAGGAAUUUUAACCAUCAUUGGUUACUUUUAUUAUAGAGAUGAGCCGAGAAUAAAAGGUACUGUCUAUGUUAGGGAACAAACCAGAUUUUAAUCAUUUUCAGAGCUAAAGUAUGGCAAGAUUAAUUUAAGCUAUAAUUUACUGUAAUUAUUUCAUGUAAUAAAAUUUCAGACGUGUUAUACAGGUAUCAGGCAAUAUGAUCUUCCCAUUAGCUGCUUAAACCUCAUUAAUUUAAGCUAGACACUGCCUAGAUCCACCAGUGAUUGUAGAUAGUACCGACAGGCAAUACAUGGUACUGAUGCACAAUAUGUGUGGCUCACAAUAUAAGAAGACCAGAUGCACAAAAAUAACACCUUGAAAAGACUUAUUAGGGUGAUUAUUUACACAAUAAAGUGUUAUUCACUUUAAAAUUAUUUAUUUCAGGGCUCCUUUAAAUAGCAAGUUUACUAAUGUAUUUUCAGUUAUUUGAUUUAAGAAAAUUAGAUUUACUUCAGACUUUUAAGGAACAUAUCUAUUGCGUAAUGCCAAUUACAUCCACACUGAAUAGACAGAAAUAUGUAAAUGACUAAUAUUGUCCCUUUUAAUCACCUUGAUGAUCUUCCCAGCUGAUACGGCUUGGUGAAAUGUACCCUCAGUAAUCGUACUGUUCAUUUUGGUUAUUUUCUACUGUACCAGCUAUCUCUGAUUCCUAAUUAGUUAAAAAAAAAUGAUGACUUUGAGUUUUACCUUUGCUCAGUAAUGAACCACAGCCUUGAAUUUUUGUUGUUUCCCCAGAUAAUUUCCUUUUAAGAUUGUUAAAAUUACUUAUUGUAACAAAGUUUUCCCAAGAUAAUAUGGAUUAUAAUUCUGUUUUAUUCAUUUGAGACUGUUUCUUGCCUUGUUCUUUUUACCUUUUUUUGACUUAGGCAUUGCUCAUUUCUAUACUGGCAGCAUGAACUUGAAUAACACAAGUUGCCACUUGAAAGGCAGACUUAAAAUGGCUUAUUUUAUGUUUGAAACAAAUCAUUGUUGAAGAGCCCUAAUAUCACUUAUAGCUAAAAAUCAUUGUAAUACAUAAGGCUGAUUUUUUCUUAAAUAUCAAGAAGAGGUAUCUCACUUGAGGGUAUAAAUUUUUUAACCAUUUGGACACCAAAUAAAAAGUAAGGAGCAAUUAGCAAGUUAUAUCUGUAAUUUGAAAAAAUACUAAGCAAAGAGAAGUUGAACCCCUGAGAAAAUCCAUUUACAUUGAGAAAAUUUAAUAUAAAUUUUAGCUAAAAUAUGCAUUCAUUGUACAGGAGAUUACAUGGAUUUUUAAAAUAUCAAAUAUUUUUAAUUCGGUAUGUAUAAAUGUACAUAGAAGUAAUCAAGCUAAUCUUUUUUUUUAGUGUGAAGUUUAGGUUCUUUUCAUUACUCAAAUUUACAUUAUUAGCAUGGUAAUUUAGUUGCUUUUCUGUUGUUUUUUAACAUGUGCUCUUGUACCAAUUUGGGGGUUUGUGGGCAUUGCAUUUUUCAUGGUGUUUAUCCCUGGAGUACCUAUUCCCACCCCAUGCCCACCCCAAAUAGAUUGUCAGAAGUAAGGAGUGGUUCUAUGCUUCCUUUGGUAACACAUUUUUAUGUUUUAUUUUUAUCCAAGUUGAAUAUGUGGCUAAUACAGUCUUAAAAAAAGUAGGGGCCAGUUUCUAUAUAGUACAUAAUUCAUGUUUAUGAAACAAUACUGCAAUAUACAAUACAGAAAUAGUUAUAUGUGAUAGAACAAAUCUAAAUCUUACAAGGUCUAUUCAUCUUGAUAAGGGUUGGCUUAAAAAAUAAGGACAUCCACCUCACUCAGGAUAUUAAUUUUUUUUUGAAGCAGAAAUUGGCUGUUGGAUAAGGUCAGCCCUUUGUAAUAAUUAUAACUUGAGAAGUGAGGAGCAAUAGGAAAUAUUUAUCAUAACCAAAAUUAUAUAAUUAGGUUUAUGGGAGCUUAAUUGUUUAUUAGAUUUAUCUCAGGAGAAAAGUUGUCAGGCCUUCAUAUUGGCAUUUUGCUUCUAAGCCUGGCUUCCUUCCUUAAAUUCUUUUGAUUUUAUUAAAUUCAUAGUAAAAAUCUGAUAAGCAUAGAAAACAAUUUUACUUAGUGUUUUAUGUUCACUUCAUUCUGUUGGGUUUGUACUAAAUAUGUUCCAUAUACAUUUUUUUUUAAAAAUCUCAUUUCUUGAAAGCCUUGGGAUAAGUGGUGGCUACAUAUGAAUUACAUAGGCAUUGAUUUUGAGCAAAUGGAAAUAGUUAUGUUUUUUAUUGUUUUCAUCUUAACAUCAUCCUGUCACCUGACCAUCUUUCCUUUCCUUUCCUUGACCUAAAUUGGUAAACUUGCCCUUCAAAGUGAAGGCUUUUAUUUUUAUAUGCACAUAUCUUAUUUUUACUUUAUAAUUGUCAAUCUCUUAUUUUAACAGGAGAAAAAUAAUUCACUUAUUGAAAAGUCAUGAUUGUGAGUUAAUAAUUGUAAAUAUCCACCUUUAUAUUUUUUGGUCUGAAAGUAUGAAUGUAGCCUUUGCUUUUAGGUGGCUGUAACAAUUUACUUUUUAAUAGAAGUGGAAAAAUUUUCUCAGGCUAAUACUUUGUUUCUAUACAAGUGUGUGACUUUUGGCACGUCUUGUCAGUUCAAGCAUGUGAUCAACCCCUUUAAAAAUGGAAAGUGUGGCACAAAAGUGUAUCUGUUUUUUAAAAAUAAAUAUCUUCUUGAUUACUGGUUUUUAAUGAUAUGUAUUGCAGGAUAUUGUCUUCACUUAAAAAGGCUGGGGAAGAAAUUGUUUUGAGAACAUGUGCUAUGGUUUUGUUGUCUAUGCUGUUAAUUGUUUUAUUGUCUUAAGUUUUUAUGCAAAUAUAUAAUUUCUUUUUGUAGUUUUUAGUAAUUAUUUUGGGUGGUUUAGAUAUGUCAUGCUCUAAAAUUGGUCUUAUAUGAAGCAAACCUCACUUUUUAGUACUACAUCAUUGCCUGGAAUACUACAAAUAUGUUUGAUGCUGCAACCUGGUACAGUUUUUAAUGGAAAUACUGUUACCCUGUAAUAAUAAAAAGGUAGUGAGACAAUGAAUAUUUCAUUCGAUCACACUGAAUUUGAGAACAAUAUUUAAGAUACCAAACUAAGUGCUUUGAAAAUAUGACUUCUGAUGUCAAUCUAUUAAAGAAUGAAUAUUAUAGUUCA